UUGCAGAACCCCAGCAUGGGCCAACCUGCAAUCUCAGGUAACUACGGCUUUGGUGGUCAGGGUGUGCAGCCAGGCAUGGAUGGCAACGUGGGCCAGGCCAACUCGGGCAUGGGGCCUGGCCAGCGUCCCAUGGGCAUGACGCUGCCCCCUCGUUACCCUAACCAGGAUAUGAUGAGCAUCAUGAACUCCAUGCCCCGGGGGCCCCAGCCCGGCCCAGGCCCAGCCGGUCCUGGUGCGCAGGGGGUGCCCAGUGGCCCCCCUGUAGGCCCCCCGGGCCCUAUCAACAGUGGUCCUGCUGGCCCAGGCCAAAUGAUGCCUGGGCAGCCUAGGGCCAACCCAGCUGACCCUGAGAAGAGAAAACUCAUCCAGCAGCAGCUUGUCCUCCUCCUCCACGCCCACAAGUGCCAGCGGAGGGAGAGCCAGGCCAAUGGGGAGGUGAGGCAGUGCAAUCUUCCUCAUUGCAAAACAAUGAAGAACGUCCUAACCCAUAUGACUACCUGCCAGGCAGGCAAAUCAUGCCCAGUUCCUCACUGUGCUUCGUCACGUCAAAUAAUUUCUCACUGGAAGAACUGCAGCCGGCAGGACUGUCCUGUAUGUGAGCCCCUCAAACAGGCCGACAAGAAGCAGCAGCCGGGCGCAGGAGGUGUGCCGGGCCAGAUCCCACCUACUGUGUCCCAACCUGGCCCCAGUCCUGGUGGUGUUCAGGGGCCACUGACAGGGCCACCAGGACCCCCUGGGCCACCUAAUGUGCCUGGCCAGAUGACUGCUGGACCGCCAGGCCAGAAUGCUGGUCCUAGACCUGGUGGUGGGAGUGGGGUCAAGCGUGUAUAUGAAGGGGACAACCUGCCCCCCAACCUCUCUGGACCUCCAGGUCCCACAGACCCCAUCAUGCGGACACUGCGGCCACAAGUUCCCACUGCGGGAGUGCCUGGCAUGGCUGCCAACAACCAGCAAGGAGGCCCUGGUGGUGUCCAAGGAGGCCCCACAGGUGUGCCUAAUGCACCUGGCAUGCCUGGCCAGAUGGUGAGGCCAGGUGUGCCCAACAAGGGGCCCGAUGGUACCAUGAUGGGCACCCCCACCUCUCAAGGCAUGAAUUCACCUAGCAUGAUCGGCCGAGGGCCCAAUGCCGCUACGGGACCCAUGAAUACUCAUCAGCCACAACAGAUCAUCAGCAAGCCUCCUAAUGUCGGCAUAAAUCAAAACAGUCCUGUUGUGAGUACAAUAUCUAUACCUGAAUGGCUGAACAUCCCAAAUCAGCCAGCACAGCUGCCUAGUGGCUUUGGUUCUGUUACUGCCAAGCCUGUGAAGGGGACCAAAGAGUGGCACCAAAGCAUAUCCAACGAGCUCAGAAACCACCUUGUACAUAAGCUUGUGCAAGCCAUCUUCCCAACGCCAGACCCACAGGCAAUGCUGGACAAGAGAAUGCAGAACCUGGUUGCCUAUGCCAGGAAGGUGGAAGGGGACAUGUUUGAGAUGGCAAACUCUAGACCUGAGUACUACCACCUCCUUGCUGAGAAAAUCUACAAGAUUCAGAAGGAGCUGGAAGAGAAGCGUCUCCAGAGGAAACAGACCACUCCAGGGGUGACAGGACCCCAGGGCCCUCAGGGUCCUCCUGGACCUCCAGGACCUCCUGGGCCCCCAGGACCACCAGGGCCACCAGGACCCCCUGGCCCACCUGGCCCUCCAGGGCCACCAGGGCCACCGGGCUCCCUUGUGGCUCCGAGUCCGAUCCUUACUCCAACCACAUCAGGAGCCAGCAGCAUCGCAGGAAUGGCAGGUCGCCCGACAGGGCCGCGGCCGGUGCACCCCCAGGGUAGCCUGCUCUCCACCAACCCUCUGGCAACUAACCAAGUGUCUCAGCCCACCUCCAUCUGCCAGCCAAGCAGCAAUGCGCAGAUGGGCAUGGGCCCCCUCCCCAUCACCACCAGCGCCUCCACCACCACCACCAACAGCAGCAUGGCUGGGCAGUUCCCAGGAGGUCCCGUCCCGCACAACGACAUGCUGCAGGGGCCUAGGCCUAGUGUUCCACCACCACCUUACAGCACGCCCAAUGAUACGCCUAUCAUGAACCAGAUGGCCAACCGGACCUCACCCGCUAUACCUGUAUCUUCUGUAGCAGCCACCCUGGGCAUCCCUAUCAGCAUGGCCUCGCAGUCAACCCCCAGUUCCAUGGGAAGCCUCUCGUCCAAUGAGAACUCCUUCCCGCCCACAUCUCAGCCAGGCAUCAUCACUACCAAUGCCAACAGUGAAAACACAGUCAUGCCCACGUCCAUCCACACGAAGGACAGCUCUGUGGGAAGCCAACCAGUAGCUGUGGAAAUGACCGAAGAGAAGCCUGAAAAGCCAUGCAAGGUUGUGAAGAUGGAGCCCAUUGAGAUCAAAACUGAGAUCAAGACAGAGCCAGAGGAGACAGAAGGCAAGGAGAUCAAGACGGAGCCCAAGAGUGAGCCCAUGGAAGUGAGCACGGCCUCAGAGGAAGCCUCGGUCAAGCAGGAGAUGGUGGUGAAGGAGGAACCCAAGAGCCCAGCUGCAAGCACCCCGAGUGAAUCAGGCAAAAGCAAUGAAACAGGUAGUAAAGGUGACAAGCCUACCAGUAGUGCAGUGGUGCCCAUUCCAAGACCUGCUCCCACUCCUCCCAAACCAACGCCUGUGCCCUCUACCCCAGCCAAAGAACGCCCACCUCUCUUUAAACCAGAUGAGCUGCGGCAACACCUUGUCCCCACUUUGGAGAAAUUGUAUCGGCAGGAUCCGGAGUCCAUUCCGUUCCGCCAACCAGUUGACCCUUCUGCUUUGGGCAUCCCCGAUUACUUUGACAUCAUCAAGAAGCCCAUGGACUUAUCCACCAUCAAGCGAAAACUGGACACAGGGCAGUACACAGAUCCUUGGGACUAUGUGGAUGAUGUCUGGCUCAUGUUCGACAAUGCAUGGAUAUACAACAGGAAGACAUCCCGAGUUUACAGAUAUUGCACAAAGCUUGCAGAAGUGUUUGAACAGGAAAUUGAUCCUGUCAUGCAGUCACUGGGUUACUGCUGUGGCCGCAAGUAUACUUUCAAUCCCCAGGUGCUGUGUUGUUAUGGGAAACAACUUUGCACUAUUCCUCGUGAUGCCAAAUACUACAGCUACCAGAAUAGAUAUACAUAUUGUUAUAAAUGUUUCAAUGAUUUACAAGGAGACACAAUAACUCUGGGGGAUGAUCCUUCUCAGCCAGCUCUGACAAUCAAGAAAUCGCAGUUCCAAGAGAUGAAGAACGAUGCCUUGGACCUAGAGCCCUUGGUGGAGUGCCUUGAGUGUGGCCGUAAGCAGCACCAGAUCUGCGUUGCUUACCUGGAGACCAUUUGGCCGCAAGGUUUUGUCUGUGAUCUCUGCCACAAGAAGAAAAACACCAAACGUAAAGAGAACAAAUUCACGGCUAAGAAGCUGCCAACCACCAAGCUCAGCAACUUCUUGGAGACGCGUGUCAACAACUUCCUGAAGAAAAAGGAGGCUGGAGCUGGAGAUGUCUAUAUCAGAGUGGUGUCAUCCACAGACAAGGUGGUGGAGGUCAAGGGAGGCAUGAAAACCAGAUUUGUGGAUACAGGGCAGCUGUCACCAGAGUUCCCAUAUCGUGCCAAAGCAUUAUUUGCGUACGAAGUAAUUGAUGGAAUGGAUGUGUGUUUCUUUGGCAUGCACGUCCAGGAGUAUGGUUCUGACAGUCCCACACCAAACACACGACGUGUGUACCUGGCCUACCUGGACAGUGUACACUUCUUCAAGCCCAGACAGUACAGAACAGCAGUUUAUCAUGAAAUCCUUCUGGGCUAUCUCGACUAUGUAAAGCAGUUAGGGUACACCAUGGCACAUAUUUGGGCCUGUCCACCCUCAGAGGGAGAUGAUUACAUCUUCCACUGCCAUCCGCCCGACCAGAAAAUUCCAAAGCCAAAGCGAUUGCAAGAGUGGUAUAAGAAGAUGCUGGACAAGGGCAUCAUAGAGAGAAUAGUGUUAGACUACAAGGACAUUCACAAACAGGCCUUUGAGGACAACUUAAAGUCUCCUGCAGAGUUACCAUACUUUGAGGGUGACUUCUGGCCCAAUGUGAUGGAGGAGAGCAUAAAGGAGCUGGACCAGGAGGAGGAGGAGAAGCGAAAGCAGGAGGAAGCGGCAGCAGCAGAGGCCGCGGCACAGGCUGCUAUGGGUGUGGAGGAAGAGGAGGAGACCAGUCAGGAUGGCAAGAAGAAGGGGCAGAAGAAACACAAAAAUAAGAACAAAAGUAAAAGCCAGCAGAAGAACAAGUCAAAGAGCAAGAAUAAUGCAGCAGGCUGCAAUGAUCUUGCUCAGAAGAUAUUUGUCACAAUGGAGAAACACAAAGAUGUUUUCUUUGUCAUUAGACUGCACAGUGCUCAGUCUGCUGUGAGUUUACCCCCCAUCCAAGACCCUGACCCCAUUAUGGUAUGUGAUCUCAUGGAUGGCAGAGAUGCCUUCCUCACCUUAGCCAGUGAACGCCACCUAGAGUUCUCUUCCCUGCGUCGCGCCAAGUACUCCACCAUGAUCAUGAUGUACGAGCUACAUAACCAGGGACAGGACCGUUUUGUGUACACUUGCAACCAUUGCAAGACUCAUGUGGAAACGCGCUACCAUUGCCAGGAGUGCGACGACUUCGACUUGUGCACGUCAUGCUUCAAGUCGGAGGGCCACCCUCACAAGAUGAUCAAGCUGGGCCUGGAUCUGGAGGAUGGUGUGUCCACAGAGAGCAAGAACCUGAACCCUCAGGAAGCCCGCAAACAGUCCAUACAACGGUGCAUCCAGUCCCUGGUGCAUGCUUCUCAGUGCAGAGAUGCCAACUGCAGGCUCCCAUCUUGCCAGAAGAUGAAGCGUGUCUUGUCCCACACCAAGUCAUGCAAAAAGAAGAAUAAUGGUGGAUGUGCAAUUUGUAAGCAGCUCAUUGCCCUUUGCUGCUACCAUGCCAGAAACUGCAAAGAGCAGAGAUGUGUUGUGCCGUACUGCUCCAACAUCAAGCAGAAGUUGCGCCAGCAGGAGAUGCAACAGAGGUUCCAGCAGCAGCAGCUGAUGAAGAGAAGAAUGCAGCAAAUGAAUGCCCGCAUGAUCAGCUGUGGCAACCCUCAACAAGCAGCUUCGACUCCACAACCAGUCCAGAGUCCCAUCCACACUUCACAGCCCAGCGUGAAGCCUUCCGCACAGGGCCCUUCACCCAAUGUCAUGAAGGCCAUCGCACAGGUUCAGGAAGAGGCAGCCAGGCAGACGGGGCCAGCUACAGCCGUGAGCUAUGGGAAGGGCAACCCAGGCAAUGGUGCAGUGUCGCAGGCCCCCAUGAUGCCUCCCCCCAUCACUCCACAGCAGCAGGUGCGGCCUGCAAUCCCGGUCAACACGAUGGCCCCCAUCACCAGUAUGGGGCCACAGGUGUCUCAGAUGAACUCCAUGGGGAAACCCAAUGCCAUCAUGCAGCAACAGCAGCACCAGCAACAACAACAGCACCAACAGCAGCAACAACAACAGCAGCAGCAACAGCAACAACAGCAGCAGCAGCAGCAGGCACCACAGCAGAACAGAGCUUUGCCAGGAAUGGAGAUGAUGUGGAACAGGUACCCCAACCCUGGAGGCAUGCCAGGGCAGCCCCAGCAGGGCCAGGCAGGUGGCAUCAGACCAGGCAUGAUGGCCCAGCCCAACCAGGUGGCCCAGCACAGUGGAGCCCCUGGCCCACCUCCUGUCAUGGGUCCUCCUGGGCAACCAGGUCAGCCUGGACAGCCUGGGCAGCCUGGCACGCAGCCACAGAGGAAUGCCACCCAGGCUCUGCAGCAGCUCCUACAAACCUUGAAGAACCCAUCAAGCCAGCACCAGCAGUCAGAGGUCCUACAUAUACUCAAAACGCACCCUCAGCUGAUGGCAGCUUUCAUCAGACAUCGUCAGAUUCAGCAGCAGAGUCAGCAGCCCCCACAACCAAAUCCUCAGCAACCCCCUCAGCAACCCCCACAGGGACCAGGUGGCCAGCCAGGCAUGAUCGCUCCAUGUGGGAGCAUGCCUGGGACUGUGCAAGGCUCCAUGCAGCCCACAGGGAUGCAGCCUACAGGCAUGCAACCCACGGGAAUGCAGCCCAACAUCCAGCCUGGGAACAUGCAAGGUGGCAUCGUCAACCAGAUGGGCACCAACCCACCCAUGCAGGGACAACAGCAGCCCAUGGGCGUUCCUCCCACCCAGAGCAACAUGUCCCAUCAGCAGCAGUGGUACCAGCAACAAAAAAUAUUUCAGAUAAGGCAGCAGCAACAGCAGCAGCAGCAACAACAGCAACAGCAGCAGCAGCAAUCUCAGCAACCAGGGGGCUUCCAGCAGCCACAGGCGCCCAUGGGGUAUCCCCAGAGACGGCAAAUGAACUUCCCUCAGCAGCAUAAUUUCCAGGGCGGCGAUGGCCAGUUCGGCCAGGGUUUCCCGCAGCAGCAGCAGCAACAGCAGAUGUUGAUGCAGCAGCAGCAGAUGAAGCCGGUGCCGCCUUCAAUGUCGCCCCAGACCGUGGCGCCUGGCAUGAUGCCGCCGGGGUCCGCCAUGACCAACCCGUCCCCACAGCAGCUGAUGCAGACGGUGACGUCCCCUCCCCCCAGUAACCUCCCCCAGACGGUGCGGUCGCCGCAGCCCAACCCGUCGCCCCGCAACCACGGCCAUCCGUCCCCGCGUGCCGGGCCAGUGCCGUCGCCGCACCACCCUGCGCCCGUGCACUCGCCACACCCGGGCAGCCAGCAAGGCCCUACCAUGGGGGCCAGCGGCACCCCCGGGGACUCCAUGAUGCUGUCGCAGCUGGGGCCGGGCAGCGGGCACCAAGGUCACCAAGCACUGCCACCCUUGCAGCCUGCCAACAACCAACAAAUGGGGGGCAUGGUGGCGACCUCUGAAGCCGAUGUAACUCCUCAAGACAAACUCACAAAGUUUGUUGAGACAUUAUAGUACCAGUGUGCUACUUAGCCCUUGUAGAUAGUCUCUUGUAAAUAUUUUGUAUGUAAGUCUCUGAUUCUCAUACAGACUACAAAUUGUGAUUGUUAUUUUUGCAGUGCUUUAUAUCUGCAAAACAGGAAAGAUAUUAUGCUUCCUUGAAGCAAAACCAGAGGACAUACUGCAGACCCCGAGCUGAAAACUCAUGCCAAUUCCUUAAAAGACAAUUUAAUUGCCCUCUGCGGGGCCUCUAGGCUUAUGGAAGACUAAGAAAAUGAACUCGGUAUGAAAGUUACAAAAAGGAGAUUGUCUUGAAAAUUUUUUAUUACAGUAACUUUGUACAACUUUGCAUUAGUCAUUAAUUUUGGGCAGUUGCUGUCUUGUUUAUAAUUUGAAGAGUGCAAAUAGGUCUUUGCCAAGGUAUUAGCUAGACAUGUUUGGUGCAUUCUAGCUUGCUGAAAUACUAGAGCAGGAUGUACUGAGGAGAUUGUGCCUGUACAUUUCUGCACAAUAAAUGAUGAAAGAGUAAAAUGUAAUGGUUUUGUUAUGCCCCUGCCCCCCCUAUACCCCAGCUGCAGAACACAGUGCGGGCACAACCUCAACAGUGACCUCCCUCAUCUUUGACAUUCCCUGUAGGUAACGCACUUGUCCGGGAGGUCCGCUGUCUCUGCCGGUGCUGUCUGUCGCGGCAGCUCAGGGGAGAGGGCAGUAGGGGGAAAGUGUUCACAUGCAGCGGACCCGAGCGAAAGCUGCUGCUGCUGCUGCUACCACCACCGUCACCCCCCUGUGUAAAAAAAAAAAAAAGUUGGUAGCAGUGCCCACUGGCGCCCCGAGCACGCCGCCCGGCCAGCAGCCGCGAGGGGCGCCGAGUGGGCCACCCUUGAGGGAGGGUGUGUGGGGGAGGAAGCCGCAGCCAGUUCUCCUCUCGUCACGUCGCCUCACCCACCUGUCCUCUAUACAGUUCUUUAAUUUAUUUCUCUUUAAAGAUUGAUAAGUUUGUUUUCACAUUUUCCAACGCUCAACGUGAUGUAUGUAUGUAAAUUGUUGAUUGUAUUGUCUACCAACACCUGCUCAUUGGAAGUUCCCGUUCUCGUCCUGUACAAUGUAUUUUAAUGGGCAUAUUAAAUUUUUUAACUGUCUGGUCCCCCACUUUGUUAUGUUUAAUGUUGACCAAUGAGGAAGUGUUGAACAGAGGAUUUGAUUAUUUUAUAAUAAAUAUAUGACGAAUUAAA